UUGUGGAGAGCGGACGAUGGCGGAUGUUGCUCGAGAAGUUUCCGUGGAAGAGCUAAUAGAAAAUGCUCGGAAGAAGUUUUCCGACACUUUUAAACGAUCACCAACGGUAGCAGGCAUUGCCCCAGGAAGAGUAAAUAUUAUUGGAGGACACACAGAUUACAAUGAAGGUUUCGUUUUCCCUAUGGCCCUGCCGCUGUACACGGUGGUUGUGGGCGGUCCUUCCGACGACGUUGGGAGGUGCCGGGUGGUGACUCUGGCUGCGGGUGCCGACGACCCUCGUGACGUUGAGUUCAGCACUCCUACGUCAGAGCAGCCCCUCACCAGGAGUGAUGCUCCGGCGUGGGCUAAUUACGUCAAAGGAGUCGUUGCCAACUUCCACGGGAACUUGGUGGGGUUCAACGCGGUGGUGGCCAGCUCGGUGCCCCUCGGUGGGGGCCUCUCCAGCAGCGCCGCCCUCGAGGUCGCGACCUACAGCUUCUUAGAGGCUCUCACCCAGUCACCUGCUCAGAGCCCACGCGAGAAAGCUCUGGCCUGUCAGCGCGCGGAGCACGACUUCGCUCUCAUGCCGUGCGGCAUCAUGGACCAGUUCGUCUGCAGCAUGGCCGAGGCUGGCAACAUUCUUCUCAUUGACUGCAGAGACCUGUCAUGCGAGCUGGUACCGUUCACUGAAGACUCACUGCGCGUGGUCGUCUGCAACAGCAACGUGCGCCACACGCUCUCAGGCUCAGAGUACCCCGCCAGACGCGCUGACUGUUUCGCUGCUGCUAAAGUUUUGGGCAAAAAAAGUCUACGUGAAGCGACCAUGGAUGACAUUCAGAAUCACUUGGCGUCUCUGACCGACGUGACCAUACGACGCGCGCGUCACGUGGUCACUGAGAUCACGCGCACGCAGGAGGCCGUGGCCGCCCUCAAGCGGCGCGACUACAAAACUUUCGGCAAACUCAUGACUGAGUCACACAACUCUCUCAGGGAUGAACAGGAGGUGUCGUGUCCUGAGCUGGAUGCGCUGGUGGAGGCGGCGCUGGGAGUGCCGGGGGUACUGGGCUCCCGCAUGACGGGAGGAGGCUUCGGGGGCUGCACAGUCACCCUGGUCGAAGCUGGCAGCGUGGACGCCCUCCUGAGUCGCGUCAAGGAGCAGUACUCCGGCCAGCCAACUUUCUACGUCGCUGCUCCUGCGGGGGGCGCCUACACCAUCACCUUCUGAGACCCCUAUAUCACUUUUUGAGCCGCCAGCAUCACCUUCUGGAGCCCAGCAUCACCUUCUAAGCCGCCAGCAUCAUCUUCUGAGCCUCCAACGUCACUUUCUGAGCCCCCAACAUUACUUUCUGAGCCCCAGCAUCACCUUCUAAGCCGCCAGCAUCACGUUCUGGAGCCCAGCAUCACCUUCUGAGCCUCCAACGUCACUUUCUGAGCCUCCAGCAUCACCUUCUAAGCCCCAGCAUUACCUUCUAAGCCCCCAACAUCACCUUUGAACCCCCAACAUCACUUUCUGAGCCCCCAGCAUCAUUUUCUGUCUCCCAGCAUCCUCUUCUGAGCCACCAGUAUCAUCUUUUGAGCCCCAAACAUCACCUUUUGGAGCCAAGUAUCACCUUCUGAGCCUCCAACGUCACUUUCUGAGCCCCCAACAUCACUUUUUGAGCCCCCAACAUUACUUUCUGAGCCCCCAACAUCACCUUCUGAGCCUCCAGUAUCCCUCUCUCAGCAUCGCCAGCAAGUUCUAGUGGCAUCACGAUGAGAAAUAUAUUUACCGUUCAAGCCACAGCAAGAGCUUUUUUUGCCAUUUACGGAAUUGCAAAAUUUCCGCUAGAUGAAUUACCUUCGAUCUAAUUUUCAAUCAAACUGCACUAUUGGGCCACGAGAUUCUACAUGUAUAAAAAAAGUGGUAACUUUGGACCCUCGAAAUUCAAUACCGGUAUAUGAGUAGGAAAAUUCUUAUCUACUCCUCCCCUAUAAUAUUGACAGCUGUACAAGUAACUUUGUUCCAACUGUCAUUUCACAGAAACAAUGCUACAAGUAUUAUGUUUAUUCAUUUGAGUAUCAAAUCGUUUUAUCUAUAGAAAAUUUGUCUGACCAUAAAAAUUUGUUCGCAUUUUAAAUGUAUUCACCCAACCUAAAUUCUGCAUAUUUUAUAAUGUUUUCAGAUGUUUAUUGACAAUUUGUGUAAGUGAAUAGUUUUGUAAUGAGUGAGAACACAUUGCGGUUAUCAGUAUCAACGUUUCCUUUGUGCCACUGAAAAAUAGUAAACGGCAGAAGUGGAGGUGAGUGCCUUGACGGUGUAGUAAAAAAACCUUCUUGUGUGAUAUGUGAUCACCAUCUUGUCAGGCCGUUAUAUUAAGUGCCACCUAUAUAAGGACUGGGAUAAUUGACUAAGGUCGUCAGGGGAAGAAAUAGAUUUUACUCGAUUGUACGUCAUCGAUUGAACGGUUAUACGUCGGUUACACAUAUGUGGCGUCGAUGAGUAUAUAUAUAUAUAAAUGUAUAUAUAUUGCCAAAGCAUUUGACAGUU